GAUAAUUAUGUCAAUUUUAUUUCACAAGUCAGAGGAAGACUACGAAAAUGUGUUCAAGGCUGAUGCUACACUUUGUGGUCAGAGACUCUGGGCCUGUCAGUGUAAUUAGAUUGAUACCACUUAAUUGUUUUUCCCUUGGCCAUACUGUUUCAGAUUGUGGAUGGGGAAACUGUGUAUUUGAAGACUACCCCAUCUAAAAAGCUCAUACUAUAAAGAAAAACAGCUAGUCUUUUUACUUAAUAUUAAAACACAUUAGUCCUGUCUCAUCAUCCUAAAGAGUGAUACAGGGUAAGCAUUUAUACUUCUGAAUGCAUUUGGCCCUUUCUGAACAAAGCCUGAAGAAAGAUGUUUAAGAUAUCUGUUUUGUAGUAACUGAUACAAUUUCUUUAUCUGCUCUGUUGAGAAUUUUUCUAGCCUUCAGGUACAAGAAGUUACAUCUCCAACUGGGAUCUCAUCUUCUUGAUUCUGCAUAUUUAGAUCCUUGGUCUAAAGAACAUUGUGACAAAAUGAAGAUGUCAACAAGUCUUUAGAUGCGGAAGUUACACAUGCUUCCAAGAGAGACUGCAUGUUUCAGUUUUAGUGUCCACUAUGCCUAAUACCAGAUCUAAGUCUCAACCCCAGAAGCAGAAUACAAUCGACUUUCCUAAGCGGAAAUCAACCAGGACCCUUUGCCAGCCUCUAGAGAGUGAGAGGGGUUCGAAAUUGGAUCCAGCCCUAGCAUCUGCCUCACCGCUCUCUUCUAAGGGGCAGGUCUUACCUCUCAGCCCUCGCAAACGCCUCGGAGAUGAAAAUCUGUGCAAUGUAACCAUGUUACUGCCUUGCUCACCAACUAAGCAGAAUAAAAAAGAGAACAGCUUUCCAUCCACUUCUCCAAAGAGACGAACUUUACUGUUCAGUGAGCAUUCACCCCCUAAAUCUCCAACCAAGGCAACCAGCGUGGUUCCCUCUCCCCUCCGCAGGGCCCAAGAAACUCCCAAUACUUUACAGUGUCACAGUGCUAAGAAAGAGCUGGUGUGUACUCGUCUCUUUAAGCAAGAAGGCACCUGUUAUCAACAUGCAAAGAGUCUCUUGCAUACAGCUGUUCCAAACCAGUUGCCUACAAGAGAGAAAGAGACAGGUGUCCUCCAUUCCUUCCUCCGGGAACAUGUGUGUAAGGAGAAGCCUGGAAGUCUUUAUAUCUCUGGUGCUCCAGGCACUGGGAAGACUGCCUGCCUCAACAGGACCCUGCUGGACUUGAAGACUGAGCUCUCUGGAACUCAGACCAUUGUCUUAAAUUGCAUGGCCUUGCGGAGCUCCCAUGCUGUUUUCCCAGCCAUUGCUGAACAACUGGGCCAGGCUGGAGCAGACAGAACAGCCAGGGGGGAUGUCAUCAGAAAGCUGGAGAAACGGCUGACAUCAAAAAAUGCACCUAUGGUUUUGGUUGUUUUAGAUGAGCUGGAUCAGCUGGACAGCAAGGGACAAGAUGUGCUCUACACAGUAUUUGAAUGGCCUUCUCUACCCAACUCUCGGCUUGUUCUCAUUGGUAUAGCCAAUGCCCUGGAUCUCACUGAUCGCAUUCUGCCCCGCCUACAAGCCCACCCCAACUGUAGGCCACAGCUGCUAAAUUUCCCCCCAUACAGCAAAGACCAGCUUACCGUCAUCAUUCAGGAGCGCAUGAAGCAGGUGUCAGGGGAGCAAGUGUUGGACAAUGCUGCCAUCCAAUUCUGUGCUCGGAAAGUCUCUUCCAUCUCCGGGGAUGCCCGCAAAGCUCUGGACAUCUGCAGGAGGGCUAUUGAGGUUGUGGAAUCUGAUGUGAAGAGCCAAACUGUGCUGAAAAUGCUGCCUGCCUGCAAAUCCCAUUCUAAAUCAGCCAUAGAGUCAUCAGUGCCCAAACAGGUGGGAUUGCUCCACGUAUCCCGUGUGAUCUCUGAGGUUUAUGGUGACCGGAUGACAGCUGGUAAUGGCUAUGGUGAUGCUGAUUCCUUCCCCUUGCAACAGAAAAUCUUGGUGUGUUCCCUGUUACUGUUGACCAAGCAGCAGAAAGCCAAAGAAGUGACCCUUGGAAAGCUACAUGAAGCCUACAGCAAAAUUUGUCGGAAGCAGCAAGUGGGAGCUGUUGACCAAUCAGAGUGCCUUUCACUCUCAGCCCUCUUGGAAGCGAGGGGUAUUGUGGGGCUGAAGAAGGCUAAAGAAACACGGCUGACUAAGGUACUACUGCAGGCCUCUCUUUGUUAUGGAUGGGACUGCGUGGGAACACAGAGACCCCUCUAUUGCUGUGCCCUGCCUAAAGGCAAACAAUUUUUGCUGCCCACUAAUACUUGGAGAAAUCUGUUCAACCAUAAGACAAGAAGUUGGACUGGAUGACCCUUGUGUUCUCUUCCAACUCUACGAUUUGAAAAAGAGAACCAAUAACUGCAUUGUAGUCACAGGCUUCCAGAGUCCCAUGUAUUCUGAUCUUGAGAGAGGUACAUAUUGUGGAGAGAUGACUAAAUUUUGACUAAAUUGGUCAAAUAUAUUAUUUUUGGCUGUAGAAUGUAUGACCUUUGGAAACAAGGGGAAUGAAUUAGAAUAAAAGAAGGGGCAAAGUUUGGGGGUCUAGAGGCCAGUUAUUCCUUCUCAAGACCCGCUGCAUGCUGCACUGUGCCCUCCGCUCCACAAAAUGAGAAGUGGUCAGAAGUCUGCUUCUCUUUUUUGUCUUCUCGUUAUUUAAGAAAAGCGUGGGGGAGAUGAUUGGACUUUAUUUUAAAGGGGAAUCAUUGUCACUAGAGAAAAGGUUGGGAAAAGGUUGUGUGCGUGUGCAUGCGUGAGUGUGUGCUAAGUGAAGGGAAUGCAAAUACUGGGGACAUCUUGGGUAGUCUUCCCUUGGCUCCUCCCCUCCUUACAUGCUGACUGUGUAGAAACUGCAGGAAUUUUGUGAUAAAUUCUGAAAUUCUGCAGCAGUCAAUACAGUAUUUUCAAAGGUAGUACAAGAUCACUUUGUACACUAAUAUUUUAACUGUCACUGUAAUGGGUUUAACUUUGGGAAUUGUCUGGAAGUGGGACUGUCUAGAUGGCAUCAUAGUAGAACGUUACUGUAUGUUCCCAAACCUAGAAACUGCCAACAUCCUCCAAUUAAAAAUAGCAUUGUCAUUUUCGGACAUGGUGAAUGUUCACCAGUUUCCUUUGUAACAAAUCCUUUUCUUUCUAGGUCUUCUUGAAGAUCCAAGAGAAGGACAUAGAACAUGCUCUCAAGGAUGGAAUCUUGAUUGGAAGCAUCUUGGCUGCAGGCCUUUAGAAUUGUUCCUCAACUCACUCUUGUGCCACAUGGUCCUAAUAGGGCAUAAUUUUGUCCCAGGUUCCAUUAUGCGUAGUAAAAGUCUCUUCUGAGCCAUAGCACUGGUGGGAUAAUUCUGAUUACUGAGAUUUUUUAAAAAAAUACUACCCUACUACAAACCUGUGCUGUCAUGAUUGUUGAUGGUUUGUUCCUAAACUAUGUACAAUUUUCCAAUGACAGAUAACAGUCUUUGGGUGGAAACAAAUCUGAUGCUUAGCAGGUGGACUUUCAUUAUUUGUCAGCAUAGUACCCCUGCAGUAUCCCAUUGACUCCUUUUUUAAUUCCAGAAGUAUCCUCCCUUUCAGCUUCCCCAAAGUUUUCAUCCUUUUUUCCUCUGUUGCCCUACCCAUCUGUAUACAUACUAGAACAGCUUGUGUCACUCCUGGGAUGUCUUUGCUUGUCUGUCUUAAAUACUAGAGAUGAAAGAGGAUGAAGGCUGUCGGCAAGAGAGCCCUUUUGCAGAAACAAAACCAUUAACGUCACAGGAGGAAAUAAGAAGGCCGCAGCUUCUCUUGUGAGCUCCUUUGAAGUCAGACUGUUUCCGUGAAACACAUGUCACUCAUGCUGGAGCUUAGCGUCUCAGGAGCUGCAGUGGGGCUUAGCGGGACACACACACACACACACACCCAAGGGCUCUGAGCAUCUUAGCAUUUAUGAACUGUGGAUACGGUCUUUGCACUGGAACUGGUUUAUCCCAGGGCAUGGAGCUGAUCUGUUUCAUUUCCAAGCCACUUCUUGCAAAGAGCUGAUUGGUUUUCCACCUUUGUGUGAAUCUAAAAUCCUUACUAAGCAUACAAGGAUGACCUCUGAGUUGGAAUCUACUUGUGUGUAUCCAUACAUGUAUGUGUAUGUUACAGGGCUUUAAACAAACAGACAAAUAACCUUCAAAAGGUCCAUUUCAUAUUUGAAAUGCUAACUAUUCUCUUAAUUUGCUCCUCUGUUUGGACUGGCUUUCAGGAGAUAUUUGAAAUGUCUCUCCACCAUCACAAAGAUGAAUGUAUAUUUCUGAUGUAUUGAAAUCUGUACAGCUGGAUGUUUUUAAACUUGGAGGACUAACAUAAGUGAAUUGUUGUUUUUUCUAACUUAUAAUAUUAAAAUA